CGUUGGUUCUUUCUAAUUGCUUUGGGGUUGUUUAGAUGGUCAAAUUUAUCCAUUAUCUUUCAAUGUUACAGGUGCUGUUUCUUGUUUAUUGUCUUCAAUUCCCAAGAUAUUUUCCUUCUCUGUUCAAGUUUCAUGGUCCUUUGUACGUGGUAAUUUCAUCACAGAUACAUUACAAAACCGUUUUCUGUAAUCUUCAAAUUUAGGGUUUCCAUCAGCUUGCCAAUCCAGUCGGUGUUCAUCAUAAUAGAUUUACGACCAGGGAGUUUUGUGUUCUUUCUCAACUUAUGGUGGGCACUGAUUUCUGUAGUCGGAACUGUGAUUUCUUUGUCUAAUGGGUAGUGUCGAAAUACCCAAAUGGCUCAAAGGGUUGCCCUUCGCGCCGGAGUUUCGGCCGACUGAUACCGAAUUUGCCGACCCAAUUGCUUACAUAUCUAAAAUUGAAAAGGAAGCUAGUGCUUUUGGGAUUUGUAAGAUUAUCCCUCCAUUCCCCAAGCCUUCCAAGAAAUAUGUCAUUAGUAACUUGAACAAAUCUCUUUUGAGGUCCACAGAGUUAAGUCGUGACCUAAAUGGUGCAAACGAGGGAGAGGUUCGGGCAGUUUUUACGACUAGACAUCAAGAAUUGGGUCAGAGCCUUAGGAAAACAAAAGGGGUAGUUCAAAAUCCGCAGUUCGGAGUUCACAAACAAGUUUGGGAAAGUGGGGAGAUUUAUACAUUGGAGCAAUUUGAGUCUAAGUCGAAGGUUUUUGCUCGUAGUGUGUUAAGUGGGAUUAAGGAGGCUUCUCCUCUUGUUGUAGAAUCUUUGUUUUGGAAGGCAGCUAGUGAUAAACCCAUUUAUGUGGAGUAUGCAAAUGAUGUUCCGGGAUCUGCUUUUGGAGAACCUGAGGGUAAAUUUCGUUAUUUUCAUAGGAGGAGGAGGAAGAGGAACUAUUAUCACCGAAGUAAAGAACGGUCUUCUGAACCUAAGAGUGAGGAAAUGGAGACUUUGACGGAUUCCCUCUGUCGGGAUAGUGCAGGCAUUUCCAACAGGAAUGAUUUGAAUACAAGUUCAGAGAUGUUGAAGCCAUCUACUUCCACGGUUUCCAUGGAGGAUAUUUCACACAAUUCGAGAGGAAAGAGUUCAGAUUCUUGUAUUAACAUGGAAGGAACGGCAGGGUGGAGGCUUUCAAAUAGCCCUUGGAACUUGCAAGUAAUUGCACGGUCUCCUGGAUCACUUACGCGCUAUAUGCCAGAUGACAUUCCAGGGGUUACUUCUCCAAUGGUUUACAUUGGCAUGUUGUUCAGUUGGUUUGCUUGGCAUGUUGAAGAUCAUGAGCUGCAUAGCAUGAAUUUUCUUCACGUAGGCUCUCCGAAAACAUGGUAUUCCAUUCCUGGAGAUCAGGCAUUUGCUUUUGAGGAAGUAGUAAGAACUCAGGCUUAUGGUGGCAAUGUCGACCACCUAGCUGCUCUUACAUUACUGGGUGAGAAGACUACACUUCUAUCUCCUGAGAUAGUGAUUGCAUCAGGUAUUCCUUGUUGCAGGUUAAUCCAGAACCCAGGAGAAUUUGUUGUCACAUUUCCAAGGGCUUAUCACGUUGGGUUCAGUCAUGGCUUUAACUGUGGGGAGGCUGCUAAUUUUGGAACUCCACAAUGGCUCAGUGUGGCCAAGGAUGCUGCAGUUCGCAGAGCUGCAAUGAAUUACCUUCCCAUGCUUUCUCAUCAGCAACUCCUAUACCUUUUGACAAUGUCCUUUGUUUCAAGAGUACCUAGAUCAUUACUUCCAGGUGUCCGGAGUUCACGCCUUAGAGACCGGCAAAAAGAAGAGAGAGAAUUGAUGGUUAAAAAAGGUUUUGUUGAGGACAUUUUAAGAGAAAAUUAUAUGUUAUCUGUUCUCCUAGAAAAAGAAUCAAGUUGUCGAGCGGUGUUGUGGAAUCCAGACAUGCUUUCAUAUUCAAGUAAUUCUCAAGUGGCCAAUACAAAUUAUGCAGUUGCAACCUCACCUAGAGAAAAUGUUUUGUGCCACCAUAUUGAAAGUCUUGACAGUAAUGUCAAGGAUAUGCAGAAUUUCAUUGAUGAGAUGACCUUGGAUUUAGAAACUAUGAAUGAUAUUUACUUGGAAAGUGAUGAUUUGUCAUGUGACUUCCAAGUAGAUUCUGGGACACUGGCAUGUGUGGCUUGUGGUAUUCUCGGUUUUCCAUUUAUGUCUGUGGUACAGCCAUCAGAGAAGGCAUCAAAGGAACUUUAUGUUGAUCAUCUGUCUACUCAUAAAAGGGGAGGAGUUUUUGGACCGAAGGAUGCUCAUUGCUCUCCUCACUUUGGUGGCACUCAUCCUGAAGAUUCCACUUCUGUACCUGAAGUUAAUUGUCUCUCAGAGAAUCUUUCAGUAGCAUCAAUUCCCAAGUUUGAGAAGGGGUGGAACACGUUUAGUAAAUUUCUGAGACCUCGAAGUUUUUGCUUGCAGCAUGCUGUGGACAUAGUAGAGUUACUGCAGAAGAAAGGUGGAGCAAAUACACUUGUUAUUUGCCAUUCAGAUUAUCAUAAAAUAAAGGCAAAUGCAGUGGCAAUAGCAGAGGAAACUGGGAACAGUUUUGUUUACAACGAUGUUCGAUUGGAUAUUGCAUCUGAAGAGGAUCUGAGGUUAAUUGAUCUUGCAGUUGACGAAGACCGUGAUGAAUGUCAAGAAGAUUGGACCUCUAGAUUAGGAAUCAACUUGCGGCACUGUAUUAAAGUUAGAAAAAGCUCCCCAACAAAGCAAGUUCAGCAUGCAUUGGCAUUGGGUGGUUUGUUCCUCACCCGAGACCAUGGCUUUAAUCUCUCUGCCCUCAAUUGGCUAUCUAAAAGGUCACGCUCAAAGAAGAUAAAUCAUAUGCAGCAUCGCAAACCAUUCCGGAGCAUGGCAUUUAAGGAUGAAGUUGCGGGGGAAAAGCCUGAUUGCAGAAUAGCAAGAAGUGAAGAAAAGUUUUUCCAAUACUACAGAAGGAACAAGAAAUCGGGCAAUUCUACAGGCGUUGGUUCUGUUACACAGCCAGCUAGCAGUGGAGAUUCAAGUGACCUUUGUACUGUUAGGAGUGUCAGAAGCAAUACAUCAGAGUUGAUGAUUCCUGAUCCAAGUGGGACGAGUGAUCAGCAGGAUGCAAUGAUUCAAGACAUAACUGAGCCAAAUAAAAAAGCUGUACUACCAAGUGUUAAUGGUCAACUUGUCAAUGCCAUUGAUGUAUCUUUUGAAAUACAUCAAGAGCAAGAACUUAUUGAAAGUUGCAAUAAAACAAGUCAGGAACCCGAUCUUACUUCUGAGGAUCAAUCACAUGCCGGGGCUGAUGUGUGCUUGGAUGAAGUUAAUCUUGCUGAGUCUUCAGGUUUACACGGUUCCAUCCAUCUUGAGAGUUCAAAGGUGAUGGACAAUCAGGAUGUAAGGAAUUUGAGUGGUGAAGCUUGUGAUGGAAUGACUAGGGAUGGCGAUGUGGGAGAAGAAAUUGAGAUUGCUAACAGAAUAAAAGAUAUGGAGGAAAAUUCUUGUAGUUCUAUCCCAAUAAAGCUGCAGCAUUGUUCAGCUAUUCAAGUUCAUAGCCAAUUUGGUCAUUUAGAUGAUAGAACAGAACAAGAAAUGAAGCCUACAUCCAGAAGCAACGAGUGCGAACCCAAUUUAACUAAUCCUGAAACACCAGACGUUGCUACUUCUAACUUGAGGGACAGAACUCCUGAAGUUGCAAAGGUGGGUUGUGAAGCCACAAAUUUAUGCAAUGCUGUGACAUCAAAUAAUUUAGUACAUAAUCUUCAGACAUUUGAAGUGGAUGAUGAAAUUCAAUCUGUUUCUGGUGUUAACGUUCAGUUGAAAGUUCAAAAGUCGCCUUGUUUAGCAGAUGAAAAAUCUAUCGAAAAUCUUGGAAGCCAGGAAGAUGGAGACGACCUUUCUGAUACUCUGAUGUCAAGUACCAGGUUCGUGAUUGCACCUACUGAACCUAGAACUCCAAUGGACAAACCUGGUUCUAACUCUUGCAUACUAGGGGAAAAUUGGCCCAUGGAUGUUGAAGCUAGUGGAGAUGCCUGUGAUAGAGAAAACUUGACUGGUGAAAUGACUAGAGAUGAUGACAUUGAAUGUGCAGAUAUGAGUAGAAAUAUGCAUAUUGAGAAUCCUCUACUUUCUGAUCCAUCAGAGACCCGUGAUGCUACUGAAAUUUGUUCAUCAAAGCACAAGUCUAGAUCAGAUGUGGAAAAGCGAAGAAAACGAAAGAGAGAUGAGGAGUGUAUAAUUGAAAAUGAGUUCAGUUCCUUUGAUUUUAUACGAAGUCCAUGUGAAGGGUUGAGGCCAAGAGUUGGGAAGAAUUUAACUAAUAGAAGUUGCACUGAUGUCAAUAUAUCAGGAGUACAGGAAAAACCAGAGAGAAAUAGAGUGAAAAAACGGUCUGACAGUGUUACUCCAAAGCCUAAGAAAGAAACUAAAAAAGGGUCUUAUAAAUGUGACCUUGAAGGCUGCCGCAUGAGUUUUAAGACCAAGGCAGAACUAACUUUGCACAAACGCAAUCAAUGCCCACAUGAAGGAUGUGGAAAAAGGUUCAGCUCCCACAAGUAUGCAAUGCUUCACCAGCGCGUGCACGAUGAUGACAGACCUCUGAAGUGCCCAUGGAAAGGUUGUUCCAUGUCAUUCAAGUGGGCAUGGGCUAGGACCGAGCAUAUUCGGGUGCACACAGGAGAGCGGCCAUACAAAUGCAAGGUAGAAGGCUGUGGCCUGUCUUUCAGGUUUGUGUCAGAUUAUAGUCGACAUAGACGAAAAACUGGGCACUAUGUUGAUCAACCCGCCUGAAUAUGUUCGGGUCAGUUUGUUUCCUUAUAAGCAAGUGGGAUAUCUGUAGUCAAGAAAGGACUGAAGAAGCUCAAUGUAGUGUUGUACCUCUAAACUUAGGUUCACUGAUAGUCAUGUAGUGGUCAUAAACCUAUUUAUUCAGAGAUUUGUAUAGUUUGCUCAAGUUAACUGAUGAUACCUCUGGCUGAAAUGGAAGCAAAACCAAAAGGUUGUUGUUAUUGGAGGCUGGUAUACCAAGCAAAAGGUUGUAUCAUCCUUUAGAAAAGGAUUAACUCUCCUUUUUGUUGCAAAUGUGGAGAGAAUUUGUGUCUUGUAAAGAGAGCCCCGAUUGACGGAUGUUGGAAGACUUCCAUCUUGAAAAGCAUACUUGGAUAUGUUUCAAGUCA